UUCAACAGUAUGUAGCAAUAAAGUAGAAAGCUCUUGGAUCUGGGUCCUUUUCUGUUUCCUUUGGAUAAAUCUACUUCCUUAGUCUUGGAGAGAGGCUUUUUAAAAGCAAGGAUGUUUUUUUCUCUCUCUCCUUUGACCUAACCCACCCCAGCAAACAGCAAUGGAGAAAGACCUGCUUAUUGGAGACAAAAGCUUUGUCAGCUAUGGAAGUGACAGUCUCCUCCCCCCAAAAUCUGCACAAGAGACAUCUAGUCAUUCAUCUCUUUUUGAAGGAGCUUCUGCACCUCCUUAUGAACUGAUGAACAAUGGAUCUAUAGAUAAAAAACAAGAUUCAGGAAAAAAUGGAAACAAUUCUGUGUCUGAUUUACUAGAUCAACAGCCACCUCGACAUCUAAGUGAUUCAAACACCCUCCUCACCUCUGAACAAGAGAUUAAAGAUGCAUUUCUCCAGUACACAGCAACAAAGUUUUGCUAUAGGACUGCCCCUGCAAAGCAUUUAAAAGUCCAGAAGCUAACUCCUCUCAACACAUACAGAUAUCGGUUAGAGACUUUCACUGAAAGUAGAGACACACACUUGGCUAGUGAAUGCUACUAUGGUGGAUUUGUCGACUCAGCUGAUGUUGUACCUCCGCCUACCCCCUGGGAAAUCCCCGUGGAUCCACCUCCCUUGUUUACAGACUGUGAAAUGCAUAUCCCAGUGCCCCACUCAUAUUCCCUGGGGAAUUGUCAGAACUGCAAAGGGCGUGGUGCAAUUACGUGCCAAUCAUGUAAAGGAAAAGGCACAAAAAAGUGUUCAGCUUGUAAUGGUACUGGGUUCAAUUCAUCUGACAACAGUUCCUGCUCAUGGUGUUCAGGCACAGGAAACAAGCGUUGCUUCAGUUGCCGUGGCAAUGGGCGGAAUAUGUGUUACCGUUGUGACUGGAAAGGCAUACUGCUAUAUCAUACUGAACUUUCAAUCACAUGGACGAAUAAUAUUUUAGAAUACACAGCAGACAACAAAUCUGAAUUUCCAGUUUACCAUCUGCAGGAAGUAACUGGAAGAAAAAUACAUAGCGAUGAGCAUAACUUGGUACGUCCCAUAAUUGAGUUCCCAGAAUCAUCCAUUAAAGACUAUUCAAGGACAAGCAUUGCUCAACACAAAAUGAUGUUUGCUUCAGGUGAGCAUCGGAUCUUGAAACAGAGACAAACGGUUGAACUGGUGCCACUCACAAAAGUUAAAUAUGAAUGGAAAGGCAAACCUUACUUCUUCUAUGUCUUUGGCAAUGAGAAUGAAGUCUAUAGCAAAGACUACCCUGCAAAAUGCUGCUGCUCAAUCUUGUGAAAAACAACCAGUUUCGUGGCAGUCCUCUAUCAAACUAUAAGCUGUUCCCUGCUUUAAUCUCUACAGCAUCUGUCCGGAUUCUUUUUCUGCAGGGACUAUACAAAAAAAAGAAUGUUACUAUGUGCUCCCUCCAGAGGAAUCUGUGCACUGUUUUCUCUGUCCAGAAGAAUUUGUGGUUCAUUCAUUAAUCUUAUUUAUGAGAUGAAAAGUGAAGGAAGUUACUCGUUCUAAUGCACCUUGAAAUAGCAUAUUUGUAUAUUUUGCAGUUUCAAAUAUUUAGAUACUUUUCAUGAGCCCCAUUCAGUCGUUUUUCUACUUAGAGCAUUCACGGCAAGAACAGACUGGAGAAGCUGUGCGUUCCAAUGAUGCUACUCAUCAACAUUGUGUGUAAAUGCUGAUUGUGUAAAUGUAAAUUCCCAUGAAUUGCUGUAGAGGCAGGCUUCUACACCAGUCAGCAUUGUGGGGUCUGCAUCUCAGAAAUCAAUACACAUACCAUCAUAUGUACUGUAUAUCUUUUUUAAAAAAAUAGGGCAAUUGAAUGUUAUAUUAGUCUUUCCUAAUCCGGUGCCUCCAGAUAUAGAAUAGAAUAACAGAGUUGGAAGGGAGCUUGGAGGUCUUCUAGUCCAACCCCCUUCUUAGGCAGGAAACUCUACACUACUUCAGAAAAAUGGUUAUCCAACAUCUUAAAAACUUCCAGUGUUGGAGCAUUCGCAACUUCUGGAGGCAAGUUGUUCCACUGAUUAAUUGUUCUAACUGUCAGGAAAUUUCUCCUUAGUUCUAAGCUGCUUCUCUCCUUGAUUAGUUUCCACCCAUUGCUUCUUGUCCUACCCUCAGGUGCUUUGGAGAAUAGUUUGACUCCCUCUUCUUUGUGGCAACCCCUGAGAUAUUGGAACACUGCUAUCAUAUCUUCCCUAGUCCUUCUCUUCAUUAAACUAGACAUACCCAGUUCCUGCAACCGUUCUUCAUAUGUUUUAGCCUCCAGUCCCCUAAUCAUUUUGUUGUUCUCUCUAUAUAGGAUUGUACUUCUGUGCUCGCCAGGCUAUAUGGCCUUUCCUUUCUCCUCUUUCCAAUUGUAUUGUAAAUUUAAAAUCUGAAGUUGAUAAUCCGUGUAUUUUAUUAAAUGUUCUUCUUUUCCAAGAUUCCGAUUUACCGUAAAAAGCUACAUGCUUUGUAAGUCAUGCUUAUAGAAUUAUUUCCUUACAACUCUGUUUUCAGCGUGUAAUCAUGUCAAAAGAUCUUCUCUGUGAGUUUUCUCUGUUUAAGGCAAAAUGGUAUUUCAGUCGCAGUACUCUAAAACUAAACAAAUUAUAAAUCACAACACCCUCUCUAUGUCAACACCAGCUCAGUGAAGAGCUGUGAUUUAUAUCAGAACAUUUAUUAUAGUAAAGCAAACAUUUGCCACGGUUUAUUUGUUAGCUCCCAUUUAUCCCAUGAAUAAAGAUUUCAGCACUGUUUUGAUAAAGUGUGGCAUCUUGUUUCUUACUUUUUUAAAAAACAUAUAUUUGUCUGGAUAUUUUUAUUUAUGCUUUAUUAUUUUACGGUGCAAUAAUAGUGUUUUUCCCCAAAUGUUGCUCCUUUUCAAAAGUAGAUAAAUAAAAGACAAUGUUAUCAGAAACUAA